CCCAACAUUCUUAUCACUGGCACGCCAGGUACGGGAAAGACGACCACUGCCCGCUAUAUUGCGGGGGCGACCGGCUUAGAGCACGUCAGUGUGGGUGACGUUGCCAAGGAGAAGGAGUGCUUUGAGGGGCGGGACGUGGAGCUCGACACCAACAUUUUGGAUGAAGAAAAGUUACUUGACCAUCUGGAAAUUAUUCUGGCAGACGGAGGGAAGGUGGUAGACUAUCACUCCUGCGAGCUUUUCCCGGAACGAUGGUUUGAUCUGAUCCUCGUGGUGCGGGCGACCAACGCAGUCCUUUUUGACCGGCUCUCUGCUCGAGGGUAUAGCACCCGGAAACGGGAGGAGAAUUUGGAGUGUGAAAUAAUGCAGGUAGUAUUGGACGAAGCCCUUGAGAGCUACGAGAAAGAAAUCGUGCACGAAAUUACAAGCGAGACAGAAGAUGACUUGCAAGAAAAUGCUCAACGUGUCAAGGAUUGGUUGACGCAAUGGAAGGUUGAUUGCCGGGAUCGAGUCCAAGAGGCGGAGGGCAUGGAAGAAUGAUCGGUAUUUUAAAUUGCGAUGCUAGACUCCAAAGACAAGCACAUGAUUAUACCUUGGCUGAACUGCUGGAGAUUCGCGAUGAGGAUACAUUUAUCAUGGCAAAAAAAUAUAAUAAAAAAAGAAUCAACAUGGAA